UCCUAUAUCACAAACAGGCUGUGCUUCUCCAACACAAGACCUCGCCAAGAUCGCACUCUGCAAGUUCCCACUGAUCUACAAACGCCUCAAGUGUGCACCGAUAUAUUGUGGAUCAGAAAGAUGCUCUUCACUAGACGAUAACAAUAGCCACAAUCUCCGCCAGCGCAUCCUUCAGGGACCAAAGCUCUAUCUAGCUUUUUUGCUUCUAAAUGACGUGAUGAUCGUAUUUGGAAUGGAAUCACGAGAAGUUGAACAGUUUCCGUUUGUUUUGAGGCUAAGCACUGGCGUUUUUGGAUGAGUAUACGAUGUCGUGAUGGUUUUGUAUACAAGGCAAACUCAAUUGGCUUUGGGUACGAUACCUUUUAAAUACCCGAUCAAAGCCCCUAUUGUCUCUGUCUCAUCCCGUCUCGACCAGGUGUUCUUUGUUUAAUUGGGUUCACAAAUUACAGGCCAAAACAAUGAAGUUCCUUCCGCAAGUCCUCUGCUUCGCCUCCCUCGCUGUGGCAUCCCCUGCAGUCAAGCGUUCAGGGUUCGGUGACGGUGAGCCUAUCAACGAUUCGGGCAAGGGAGCUCCAUUUUCUGGAGGAACAAACCAUGCUAUCGAUAUACAGAACCCGGAUAACUUGGGCCGCGAGUCGACAGACAAUGGAUAUGUUCCGAAUCUGAAAUGGAGUUUCUCUGACUCUAAGACCAACCUCUAUCCUGGAGGCUGGUCUCGGGAGCAGAUCACGUCCGAUCUUCCACAGAGUCACGACAUUGCCGGUGCCCAGCAGCACCUGAUAAAGGGAGCUAUCCGUGAGCUGCACUGGCAUCGAGUAGCUGAGUGGGGCUACGUCUACAAAGGAGCUGUCACAGUCUCCGCCGUUAAUGAGGACGGCCAGUACGAACUAGACACAGCCAAGGAAGGCGAUAUCUGGUAUUUCCCCAAGGGACAGGCCCAUACUGUCCAGGGAUUGGAAGACCAGAACGAAUACCUUCUCAUCUUCGAUGAUGGAGACUUUGAAGCGCAAGGCACGACUUUCAUGAUCGACGACUGGAUAAAGCACACUCCAAAGGACAUUCUUGCGAAGAACUUUGGUGUUGAUCCCUCCGUCUUCGGCAAAGUACCUGAAAAGUUCCCCUACAUCCUGAACGGUACUGUCGAGGAACAGAAUGUCACUGGCGGAAACGGUGCGCUCGUCGGUAACAGCUCUUUCGUGUACCACUCGGAUCAGCAUGAGACCGAACCCGUGCCUGGAAACGGCGGUACCUUCCGCAAGGUGGAUUCUACUACAUUCCCAAUUGCCAAAACUAUCGCUGCAGCAGUCGUCGAACUUGAGCCUAAGGGCUUGAGAGAACUCCACUGGCACCCUAAUGCUGAGGAAUGGCUUUACUUCCACCAGGGACACGGCCGUGCUAGUGUCUUCAUUGGUAGCGAGAAGUCACGCACCUUCGACUUCUCUGCCGGUGAUACUGCGGUCUUCCCCGACAAUUCCGGACACUACAUUGAGAACACGUCUGAUACCGAGAAACUCGUGUGGAUUGAAAUCUACAAGAGCGACCGUGUUGCAGACAUCUCUCUCGCUCAAUGGCUGGCCCUGACUCCUUCACACAUCGCUGCGCAGACCCUGAAGGUCGACGAGGAGGUUAUCCGCCAUAUCAAGAAGCAGAAGCAGAUUCUCAUCAAGGGAACGUAAGUCUGUAAUCGAUGCUGCACAGCGGACACGUCCUCAUCUAGAUAACAAGAACGAGGAUCCUGGUCUAAGGACAUAUAGCAUGUACAUUCUAUUCUUCAAUUGGCCCCUUCAUUUAAUAUUUAAUAUAAAUAUUGUUUCAUAUUAUAAGACAAUAUCCUGGUAAUUUCCGCUUCUAAUCAGAGUAUUAGAAUUAUAUAUUUUUAAGGC